UCACGCAACUACGCUUGAAAAGAGGAACCGACCCAGAUACUGAAAACAGGGCUACCUCAUACUCCAAUUCUUGCAGCCUUCUCGAUUCUACACUUCACUGGUGAUUUUGUACUUGUCAAGUUAGUUUGUUGUGUGACACUAUCUGCGAUUUAAAGCAGCCAUGGUAGAUGGUUCAGCAGUUGAGGAGUGGGUGAAUCUUGAGGAGGACAAUUACAUGGAAGAGAUGGACGAUGCUUCAUUGAAACACGAAAAUGUAACUAUUGACCGAGAAAAUUGAUUCAGUGAUUAGAAUUUCAUUGGCAGACUGCAUAAGAAGAACGAGAUUAAGACUUGAGAGUGACGUGCCGCGUUGUCGACAAUCAUAUUGGUGCUUCUCAGACUGGAAGUUUCCCCAUUCACUGUAGCCUAUCUUCACACUUCCGACUGUGAUGUCCAGAGCUCUUACCAGUGGUUUUAGUUCAUGGCCUACUCGCAUUCAUACCGUCUACCCUACUACUGCAUUGAACUCCAAUGUUGGGGAUCUUUUCUCCUCUGGCUUUUGUUCUCGCUAUUAUAGCUCUCCGGGUUCAAACUGCGAUAUUUUGAAUAUGCCUUCAGAAGAAUCUAGUCAACAUGCAGCCAAUGAUGAUCAUGUUAGUGACGAUGAUGAUGAUGAUCGAGAAGAGCAGGAAGAGGAUAACAUGAACAUUGAGAAAUUGAACAUCAAUGACAAAGGUGUGAUACGAGAUGUGGAUGCCAUUAUGGAUAUAUUUUGUGGGUUUCGGAAUGAAGAUCGAAUUCAAGUAAAGAAUAAGCUUGAGCAUUGCUGUAUUAAGGUCUCAGGGGAGUUGGUAGUCGCAGUACUUUCUCGGAUCCGUAAUGAUUGGGAAGCAGCAUUCACUUUUUUUGUUUGGGCUGGUAAGCAGCCUGGCUAUACCCACUCUAUACGUGAAUAUCAUUCAAUGAUUUCAAUUCUUGGGAAAAUGAGGAAGUUUGACACGGCAUGGGCCUUGAUCGAUGAGAUGAGAGGAGGGACAACGGGGUCUUCUCUUGUGACACCUCAAACUCUACUAAUCAUGAUUAGGAGAUACUGUGCCGUUCAUGAUGUUGGUAAAGCUAUAAAUACCUUCCAUGCUCAUAAAAGAUUCGGAUUCAAAGUUGGACUAGAGGAAUUUCAAAGCCUUCUCUCUGCCCUCUGCCGUUACAAAAAUGUGAAGGAUGCUGAAUAUUUACUCUUCUGCAACAAAGAUGUGUUCCCGUUGAACACAAAGAGCUUCAAUAUUGUCCUCAAUGGAUGGUGCAAUAUAAUUGGCAGUCUUCGCGAUGCAGAGAGAAUUUGGAGGGAGAUGACGCAGAGGGGUAUCGGUCAUGAUGCUGUCUCAUAUGCAAGUAUAAUUUCUUGUUACUCAAAACUUCGCAACCUUUAUAGGGUGGUCAGGCUUUUUGACAAUAUGAAGCAAAUGAAAAUUGACCCUGAUAGGAAAGUCUACAAUGCAGUCAUUCACGCUCUUGCCAAAGGUGGGCUUCUGAAAGAAGCUAUCGAUCUCAUAAAAACAAUGGAGGAGAAGGGCAUUAUUCCAAAUGUUGUUACUUAUAACUCGGUUAUCAAACCUCUAUGCAAGGCCCAGAAAUUUGAUGAUGCUAGAGUGGUUUUUGAGGAGCUGUUGGAGCGGGGCCUCUGCCCGACAAUUCAGACAUAUCAUGCGUUCUUGAGAUUCCUGAGAACCGAGGAAGAAAUAUUUGAGGUAUUGGAGAAGAUGAGAAGAAUGGGGUGCAAUCCAAUCACUGAAACCUACAUAAUGCUGAUCAGAAAAUUUUGCCGAUGGCGGCAGCUUGAUAUUGUUUCCAGAAUAUGGCAUGAAAUGAGUGAAAAUGGAAUUGGUCCUGAUCGCAGCUCUUAUAUUGUCUUAAUACACGGUCUCUUCUUGAAUGGGAAACUAGAAGAUGCAUAUAAAUACUAUUUGGAAAUGAAGGAAAAAGAGUUGCUUCCUGAACCAAAGAUAGAUGAGGUACUAAAAGCUUGGCUUGCUGGUAAGCCAGUGAUUCAAGGCUACAUGAAUGGUUCAUCAGAGAAUCCAUCAGAUUCUUCUGGGGAAGGCAAGAACUCGAACUCGAACUCAAAAUUGUUCCCCAAAAAAAUUGAUUUUCACAGACAACCUGAGAUCAGAAAGGUUGCAAGAGAUUCUGGUUUUUCAUUUUGGAAGCAGUAAGAUUUUGUAGUUUAUCUUAUCCCAUCGACCUCGAGGAUCAAAUGGAUUGUUACACGACUUCAACCGUUCAUCUGAGGUUUGCUUCAGGUGCCUUCAACCUCUCUUUUCGUCUCACUGUGAUCCUUUUUCCUUCCAUUACACCGCCAAUGCUUUUGUGCAGUUCAAGUGCUGAAGACAGUUGCGAAGCCUAGUAAACUUCUUUACACAUGCCCGGAUCCUAAGAGGUUAGAGGUACUAAUCUUCAGACCGCACAUGUUUAUUUGCUUUUGUAGCGAUGUCGAUAUAUGAGCUGUUUGAAAUCGGCCAUAGCAAGGCAAAACUUGGCCAUUUUAUUUAUUAUGUACCUCAAAUCCCGUAGCAUUUGAAUCAAAUAUCCAAGCACAUGAACCCAUCCUUUGGUAAACAUCACUCGAUGAUAGCGACAUUAUUCAAA